CGAAACUUCUCGAUGGUCAUACUUGACCAUGCCAAGUAGUCGAUUUUCAACAAUUAGUUGGUGCGGUUAUUUUUCCGAAUCCUUAAAGCAAAACUGGCGGAAAAUUUAUAAUUAUUUAAAAGAUAUAUUAAAUAAAUGGAUUGAUUCAAUUGAAUCAAGUCAAUAUAUUACUUUAAAAAAAAAUACAGUGAAUGUUGAUAGUCGUAGAAUUAGUAUCAAAUUAUUACGCGCUAAGUUUUUGAGUUACAACCGGCAGUUAAAAAUAAUAAAUCAAAGCAAUAAUAAUUUAAUGAUGCAGAAUUCGGAAAAUAAGGAAGAAAAUUCACAAAAAGAAGUCGGUUUCAUUACUCCUUUUCAAAAUAUGAGUUUAAACCACAGUAUGAAUGAAAGUGUAUUUGAGAACGCUCUAUCAGCUUCACAAUUUACAUGCGCUGAUUUACCAGAAGACGAUACUAAUCAAAAAGAAGCUAAACCACAAGGUUUACUGGCAUCGGGAAAAUUAAGUACUUUACUCUCAAGCAGCUCACAUUCAAUACCAAGUCUUGCAAACUCUAGUAACCCAAUGCUGCCCUUUGAGCAUAUUUGGAUAGCUCAACUUUGUACCUGGCUUCACUCCCGAGGACUUCAGCAUUAUGGAGCGACCUUUCCAAAUCUCUUUACCUCAGAUAUUUUUUGUUGUUCUCGAAAUAAGUUUAUCCGAGAAUGUGGGCCUAUAGAUGGUCCUCACAUUUAUGACGCUAUUCAGUUAUUAUACUGGAUUCAUAGAAACAGUUUUGGACAUCUUUGGCAUCAACUUUCUGGAUUUUCAUUCGAAGAUAUAACAAGUUUUUCAAAAAAAGAUUUGACAUCUAUUUGCGGCAGAAAUGAUGGAAUUCGUUUAUACUAUGCCUUAAAAGUUAAAUUAACAAUUUACUGUGCGUUAGAAAAUAACGAAAACGAACAUUACACUUGGAAAGUUAUAUCCCUGAGAAAAGUAACUGUUGAGGAAUUGAUUAAACAACUUACUGCUAAAUUUGAUCUGCCACAAAAUAACAUACACUCGACAAAGCUUAUCGAAACUCUUGGGAUUCACAUUGUACUUGAUGAUGAUUUACUAAAUCGAGUUAAAAAUAAUACGGAAUAUUUGAUUCAAUUAACGUCAGCUCGUAAACCAGGAAUGUUUGAAUUACGAUUCAAGCCAUAUUGUGGGUGAGCUGCAUUCAAAUUUUAUUUUGAAAAAAUCCAUUUUAUAUAAGUUGAUAAAGAAUUUAAAAAUACGUUUGUGAUUAUAUGUACGUAAUUUAUUAAUGAAAUUAGAUAUAUGUUUGAAUAAAAUAUUUAUAAUUUUA